AUGCCUCGUCAACGCUCCUCCGCCCGCGCUCCCGCCCGCGCCCCGACGCGUCCAACCGCCGCCGCCCCUACGCCCGCGCCGCAGCAGGCUCGUCCGGCUACGACCAUGGCAGCGCCGCCUCAGCAGUACCAGCAGGCUCCUGCGCAGUCGCAAGGCCCUGGUCUGUUUGGCCAGAUGGCCAGCACCGCUGCCGGUGUCGCGAUUGGUUCCUCGGUCGGCCACGCCCUCGGCGGCUUGUUCGGCGGUGGCGGCUCGUCGGAACCCGCCCCUCAGCAGGUCCAGGCCCAGCAGCAGCAGCCUCAGCAGCAGCAGAUGAACAACUGCGCCGGCGUCGCCACAAACUUCACCAAGUGCAUGGACGACAAUGGUGGCAACAUGCAAAUUUGCAACUGGUACCUUGAACAGCUCAAGGCCUGCCAGGCCGCCGCCGCCCCGUACUAG